UAACGGGUCUGGGAUAAAAGCGCAAGUGUAUUUCUUUCGUUGGAUGCGUAUUAUUUUUUGGUCGACCCGAGACACACUAUUAAUUUCUUAUACGACAGAAGGGAAAAUAAUUCAACGCAAAUGGCGAAUAAAUUGUCGUUAAAAUUGUAGUUUUAUUUUGAUAGAAAAACAGUGUCCAGCUCAGUAAGCGUUUGACAGCAAUCGUCGUGUGAUCCUGGUAUCCCGUGGUUGAUGAUGGAGGAGACAGGUCCUCGCAUAGCAGACUACUUUGUGGUAGCAGGGCUCACUGACUCCUCCAAGCCCUUAGAGGAGGAACUGCAGCUGGACGAUGUUCCUGGUCGCUCUCCCCGCUCGGCCCCUGGUGGCCGGCCCCUGGCCCCCAUCACAGACGUAGCUGUGGUUAUAAGCUCACUAGGGGAAGCGGUUCCUCAGGGUUACACCUGCUUAGAGUCCACCCCGUCUGGUCUGUCUGCAGAGCUGAACGGAGCCAGUCUCAGAGGGCCUCAGAUCUACCUCUGCUACAAGAGAGGCCGAGAUAAACCUCCUCUCACUGAUCUGGGGGUUCUGUAUGAGUGGAAGGAGAAGCUGAAGCCUGGCUGUCACAUCGUCCAAACCACUCCCUCUGGUCGCCCUGCCAACAUCAGCAGCUCCUCCUCCCAGCGCAUCUACAUCACCUAUCGCCGCUCCCCGCAGAGCCAGCCGCACACGUCAUUGGCUGUCACAGAUGUCUGCAUCAUCAUCCCGGGCAAAGGGGAGACACCCCCUCACACCUUCUGCAAGGUGGACAAGAACCUCAACAGUAGUAUGUGGGGAUCCUCGGUGUACCUGUGUUACAAGAAGUCACUGGCUAAAACCAACACAAUCGCAUACAACGCAGGUCUGUUGUGUAGGUACCCAGAGGAGGACGAUGAGUCUUUUCCCUUGCCGGAGUCUGUUCCUCUGUUCUGUCUGCCCAUGGGAGCUAGCAUUGAGUUCUGGCCAGCUCACACCAAACACUCCCUGCCUGUCUUCUCUACCUUUGUACUGACUGGGGCCUCUGGAGACAAGGUGUAUGGAGCUGCCAUCCAGUUCUAUGAGCCGUACCCAGAGGACCAGCUGAGUGACAGACAGCGUUCUCUGCUGGGGCUACCGGGCACGUGCAGUAGCAGCGAGGGGACAAAGAGCGUUCACGCUAACAAGAGCAUCUGUUUGCUGUCACACUGGCCGUUCUUUGACUCAUUCAGGAACUUCCUGACGUUUCUCUACAGAUACUCCAUCUCUGGACCACAUGCUCUGCCCAUAGAGAAGCACAUCUCCCACUUCAUGCACAAAGUCCCGUUCCCCUCGUCACAGAGACCACGCAUCCUGCUACAGCUGUCUCCGCAUGAUAGUCUGAUGCUGAGCCAGCCUGUCUCCUCCCCUCUGCCUCUCAGUGGUGGUCGUCUCUCCACUCUGCUCCUUAACCUGGGCCCGAAGAACGCGACCACUCUGCUGGUGCUGGCCGUAACAGAACACAAGAUCCUGGUCCACUCUCUCAGACCGGCCGUACUGACCAGUGUUACAGAGGCCCUGGUGUCGAUGAUCUUCCCCUUCCACUGGCCGUGCCCCUACAUCCCUCUGUGCCCUCUGGCCCUGGCAGAUGUUCUCUCUGCCCCUUGCCCCUUCAUCGUGGGGGUCGACUCACGUUACUUUGACCUCUACGUGCCUCCGCCCGACGUCUGCUGUGUCGACCUGGACACCAACAACAUAUUACAUAAGGAGGAGAAGAGGGCCCUAACAUGGAAGAUACUACCACAGAAAGCCUGCAAACAUCUCCUCAAUACCCUGGGUAGACUGUACCAACAGCUGACUGAAGGUGGCCAAGUCAGCGGCGAGGAUGGUCAGAUGGAGCCCACUGCGAUUGACCCAGACCUGGCGAGCGGAAGGAAGAGCCUCCACACGCUAGAGAUGCAGAUCCAGGAAGCCUUCCUUAGGUUCAUGGCGGCCAUAUUGAAAGGGUACCGCUCUUACCUCCUCCCCAUCACACAGGCCCCCUCCGAAAGGACCACGGACGCAAGCUCGCUGUUCGACUUGCAAGGGUUCUUGAAGAGCCGGGAUCGUUCCCACCAGAAGUUCUACUCCCAGAUGAUCAAAACCCAGAUGUUUAUCCGGUUCAUCGAGGAAUGUUCCUUCGUCAGCGAUAAAGACGCCAGUCUGGCCUUCUUCGACGAGUGUGUUGAUAAGAUUUACAGCAAUGGAAGCAAGAUUCAGAUGGACAGUGAUGGACCAGAAGACACCAGGUUGAUAGAGCUGGACGAGUCCCAUCGCAGUGAACACACAGUCUACAUCAACCCUCCUGAACUAAGACUGUUGGCUCAGGGAGAGGAGCAUCCACUCUGCUAUAGCUACUCUGGGUUUCCGGUGCUGAGUCGUGACUUGUUGGAGCUCCAGGAUGGACCUCGCCCCUCCUCAGCCAGCCUGACACAGAGACACACCAUUCCAGCCAGCCCUGCUGCCAUCUUUAGGCGCUCCAAACAGGAGAUUCGCUCGGCCCAGCGGAUGGCUAAGACCCACGCCUCCGUACCCCAGAUGUGGUCUAAGUGUCUGCUGCGUCACUGCUACGGCCUGUGGUUCAUAUGCCUGCCAGCCUACGCCAGCGCAUGUCACUCCAAGGUGCGGGCACUACGCAUGGCCUACGACAUCCUGAGGAAGAUGCAGGACAAGAAGCUACAGGCACCUGAUGAGGUGUGUUACCGGGUGUUAAUGCAGCUAUGUGGACAGUACAGCCAACCAGUCCUGGCGGUCAGAGUUCUGUUUGAGAUGAAGAAGGCUGGAGUUCAUCCCAACGCCAUCACCUACGGUUACUACAACAAGGCGGUGUUGGAGAGCACGUGGCCGUCCACAGGAAGUAGAGGAGGGUACUUCCUGUGGGCCAAGCUGAGGAACGUAGUCCUGGGGGUAGGACGGUUCAAACAGACGGUCCAGAACCACAACCAGAACCAAACCCAGAGUAGAGACACACAGCUAUCAGACUACAGUGAUCUGGACACAGUCAGUCAUGGCAGUGAAGACAGUACUAACGACUCAGUUGAGCGGGUCUCAAUCGAUACAGACUUCACUAAGAUGGACUCCAGUGAUGAUGGAUCAAGCACAGGUACUUAA